GUCCUCAUUGCCGGUUUACAAUAAGUCGCGCUAAUCAGAACUACCACUACCACUAACAUGUCAUACAGCGUCGAGCAGAGGGCCAAGGCCAACAGCCUGGAGUACCGGCUUUUCUUCAAGAACUGCAAGGGCCAAUAUAUAUCACCAUUUCAUGAUAUUCCUAUGUUUGCUGAUGAAGAAAAGGCUAUAUUCAACAUGGUAGUAGAAGUACCCCGCUGGACCAAUGCCAAAAUGGAGAUUGCCACAAAGGACCCUUUGAAUCCAAUCAAGCAAGAAGUGAAGAAAGGCAAGCUUCGUUUUGUUGCAAACGUAUUCCCUCAUAAAGGUUAUAUCUGGAACUAUGGGGCCGUGCCACAGACAUGGGAAAAUCCAGCUCAUAUUGAUGAGAACACAGGCUUUGGUGGUGAUAAUGACCCAAUUGAUGUCUGUGAUAUUGGAAGCAAGGUGUGCGAGAGAGGAGAAGUUAUUAAGGUGAAAAUCCUGGGAACCCUGGCAUUAAUUGAUGAGGGAGAAACAGACUGGAAGAUCAUAGCCAUAAAUGCAGAUGACCCGGAAGCUUCUCUUUACAAUGACAUAGAAGAUGUCAGACGACUGAAACCCAAUUAUCUGGAAUCCACCGUUGACUGGUUCAGACGGUACAAAGUUCCCGAUGGAAAGCCAGAAAACCAGUUUGCCUUUGAAGCAGAAUUUAAAAAUAAGGAUUUUGCCAUUAAUAUCAUUAAAAGUACUCAUGAGCACUGGAAGGCACUGGUGGCUAAAAAAGUAGAAGGAGGAGAAAUCAAUUGCAUGAAUGUCACAGUGCAAGAAAGCCCAUUCGUCUCCAAGGCAGAAGAAGUGGAAUCCAUUGUGAAGGCUACACCUCCUUGUGGACCCCCUAGUCCUGUCUCAGAAAAUGUGGACAAGUGGUACUAUUACCAGAAAAACUAAUCAUUGGGAGAAGAUUUACAGCAAUUACUACAGGAUUUCAUCCAGUCAUGGAAUCUGCAGUAGAAGACUGAAGGGAAAAGAAAUUUGGCUACAGUCACCAAUCCAUGUCAAAUGCCCCACGCACUUAGCUUUAUUAGGCAUAUACCAACCCAUUCUGGCACCUGAAGGGCAAUCUGGAAUAAACUCAUUUGAGCACUUGCACCAGCUCUCUCCUCAUUAAGUCAGGCAUCAGAAAUAUAUUUCCAGGAUUAUACUAAUAUUAUUUGCAAUACUCGUGUUUUUGUGAUAGCAGGAUUAACAUGGAGAUAAUCUGUAUAAAUUCUUUUCAUGAAAGGAAUAAAGCUACUUUUGGGUA